AUGGCUUCACUAGAUAUUUUCUCAGAAGGGGAGCAGUUCGAUCCCAAAAGGCUGCAAGAGAAAAUGCGGAUAAACAGGCAUGCAUUUUCUGGUGGACAAGAUUCAAUAGAGAAACAUAAAGAACUUAGAGCAAAUCUCGAGGCUCAAGCGAUUUUGCCUCAUGCCAGUGAAAACUCACCGGUCAAACCCCUUGUCAUUGUAGGCUCCAUAAUGGCUCGCUAG